ACCCACGCGGCAAGCAGGAAAAGUCUCCCAUCUGCAAGUCACAGAGAAAAGUAUCCUCCGUCUCACGUCCCGCGCCAGUCGGGGGAGGGGGUCCCUGCACCCUCAUUCGUUGGGUGUCAACACCCCACCCCACCCCACUCCCAGUUUCAAAGGGAAGCAGCCCCAUUCCCCCCACCCCACCUCGCCCGCCUUCUAAUGGGGAGAGGAGAAGGAGAAGGAGAAGCGGCGGCGGCGGCGGCGGCCCAAGCCACCGUGGAGUGAAUGCGUUGUCAUGGCAACUGGCAGAGGCAGGCAGCAGGCCGGCCCCAGCCCUAGCCGCCUCGGCUGCUCCUCAGUGAGUGUGUGUGGGUGAGAGCAGUGAGCAAGCAAAGCAGGCGAGAGGAGCCGCCUGAGCUGGUGGGGAGAAGAGAUCGAGAGAGGCCGGCGGGGGUGGGGGGAGAACGAGGGGGAGGCCGGGGUGGUGGGGCUGGCUGGCCGGCUCCAGGAUGAUGGAGGACGGAUUCUCCAGUUACAGCAGCCUCUAUGACACCUCCUCGCUCCUGCAGUUCUGCAAUGAUGACAGUGCUUCUGCUGCUAGCAGCAUGGAGGUGACAGACCGCAUUGCUUCACUGGAGCAGCGUGUCCAGAUGCAGGAAGAUGACAUCCAGCUGCUCAAGUCAGCUCUGGCAGACGUAGUUAGGCGCCUGAAUAUUACUGAGGAGCAACAGGCCAUGCAGAACAAGAAAGGACCUACCAAAGCAAGACCUCUAGUACAAACACUGCCUUUAAAGACUACUGUUAAUAAUGGAACUGUUUUACCAAAGAAACCCAGUGGCUCUCUACCUUCCCCAUCAGGAACCAGGAAAGAAAUUGUAUCGCCGGCAGCAAAAAGCAGGUCUGUGAGUCUUCUCAAUGCAUGCAAACUGAAAAAAACUGCUCUAAGCACUGUCAAAAGAACUAACUCUGCUGAACGUAUGUCUCCUGGAGGUCGAAGGGAAAGUUAUGGAGAUUCCAAAGGCAGCCGUAAUCGAGCUGGAUCCACGAGUAGUUCAUCUAGUGGUAAAAAGAACAGUGAAAGCAAGCCCAAGGAACCAAUGUUCAGUGCAGGGAAGCGCCGGGUGACACAUUGCAAAGAGGAAGGAUAUGUUAAAAUGUUUCUCCGUGGACGUCCUGUUACCAUGUAUAUGCCCAAAGACCAAGUUGAAUCCUACCAUUUGGAAGCAAAAGCAGAACUACCAGCCAAGAGGCUUAAACUGGAAUGGGUCUAUGGCUAUAGGGGUCGUGAUUGUCGCAGUAACCUGUACCUCCUGCCAACGGGUGAAACUGUGUAUUUCAUUGCAUCAGUUGUUGUAUUAUACAAUGUUGAAGAGCAACUGCAAAGACAUUACACUGGUCAUAACGAUGACGUGAAGUGCCUAGCUGUCCAUCCUGACAGGAUCACCAUAGCAACUGGUCAGGUUGCAGGAACAUCUAAGGAUGGAAAACAACUACUGCCCCAUGUGCGUGUCUGGGAUUCUGUUACUUUGAAUACACUGCAUGUCAUUGGAAUGGGGUUCUUUGACCGGGCUGUUACUUGCAUUGCAUUUUCCAAAUCAAAUGGAGGGAGUAACCUUUGUUCAGUGGACGAUUCCAAUGACCAUGUGCUUUCAGUGUGGGACUGGCAGAGAGAAGAAAAGCUUGCAGAUGUCAAGUGCUCUAAUGAAGCAGUAUUUGCUGCAGAUUUUCACCCUACAGACACGAAUAUAAUAGUUACAUGUGGAAAAUCACAUCUCUAUUUUUGGACACUCGAAGGAAGUUCUCUUAUUAAAAAACAAGGAUUGUUUGAGAAACAAGAGAAGCCAAAGUUUGUCCUGUGUGUGACAUUUUCUGAAAAUGGUGAUACUAUCACAGGAGACUCAAGUGGAAAUAUCUUAGUUUGGGGAAAAGGUACCAACAGAAUAAGCUCUGCAGUUCAAGGAGCCCACGAGGGUGGAAUUUUUGCACUUUGUAUGUUGAGAGAUGGUACACUUGUGUCAGGAGGUGGAAAAGACAGAAAGCUAAUAUCUUGGAAUGGGAAUUACCAAAAACUUCACAAAACUGAGAUUCCGGAGCAGUUUGGGCCAAUAAGAACAAUAGCGGAGGGAAAAGGCGACAUCGUGUUGAUAGGCACUACUCGAAACUUUGUUCUACAAGGCUCGCUAUCAGGAGAUUUUUCUCCAAUUACCCAGGGUCAUACUGAUGAGCUUUGGGGACUAUCAGCACAUUCCUCCAAAUCUCAAUUCUUCACUUGUGGACAAGACAAACACAUCACACUCUGGGAUGCUAUCAGUCAUCGUCCAAUCUGGAACAAAAUUAUAGAGGAUCCAGCACAGUCUUCUGGCUUUCAUCCUUCAGGGUCUGUGGUUGCCGUAGGGACACUAACUGGAAGGUGGUUUGUGUUUGACACCGAAACAAAAGAUUUGGUCACUGUACACACAGAUGGAAAUGAACAGCUGUCUACAAUGCGCUACUCGCCAGAUGGCAAUUUUUUGGCAAUAGGUUCUCAUGAUAAUUGUAUUUAUAUAUACAGUGUUAGUGAAAAUGGAAGAAAAUACAGUAGAAUUGGCAAAUGCUCAGGUCAUUCCAGCUUCAUUACUCACUUGGACUGGUCCGUUAAUUCCCAGUACCUUGUGUCUAAUUCAGGGGACUAUGAAAUCCUAUACUGGGUUCCUUCAGCUUGUAAGCAAGUAGUAAGUGUUGAAACCACUAGAGAUAUCGAAUGGGUCACUUACACUUGUACUUUAGGAUUCCAUGUUUUUGGUGUGUGGCCAGAAGGUUCUGACGGCACAGAUAUCAAUGCUGUCUGUCGCUCACAAGGGAGGAAAUUGUUAUCAACUGGCGAUGACUUUGGCAAAGUACAUCUCUUCUCGUAUCCGUGUUCACAGUUUAGGGCUCCAAGCCAUGUGUACGGCGGGCACAGUAGUCACGUAACCAAUGUAGAUUUUCUAUUUGAAGAUACUCAUCUCAUCUCCACAGGUGGAAAAGAUACCAGUAUUAUGCAGUGGCGAGUCAUUUAGAGGAAGUCUUGUAUGAACGUACAUGUAACCAAGAGCUGGCCAUGCACAGAAGUUUUGUAUAAACUGUAUAUUUAAGAUUUAACAGUAUGGUUGCCGUCUAGCCUAGUCACUGUGAUUUUUAAGUUUAAAAAUCCUUACAAACCUCAGGAAAGCUAAGCCCUCCGCUGGCUACCGUCCUUAUUUCAGUAACUCAUUAAGCACCACUUUUUAAAAACAAAAAACAAACCAUUAAAUAUUUCUUUCUUUUUGUUGUACAUGAAGCAGUACAAGUUUAAAAUGAAGUCAUGGCUUGGAUGUUUAUGCAAUACAUAUGAACGGGACUUUUCUAUUAAAUCACACAAAAAAGCUUAUCCUAAUACUAAAUAUAUGUGCUUCACGGUUUCCCUAUUUACACUUUGUCCUGUCCAACCACACACUUAGGAAAUCUGUGGUCAUGGAAGUGAUGAUCCUCCCUUUCUGAUGAAGAAAUUGAUACAGUGAAGAAUUGAUACAGAGAAGGCUUAAGCCAAGCUGGACGAUACUAGGUGGAUAAGCCACUAAGCACUGCUGUUCUCUGAUAUUGAUUUCAAUGGGGCUUCCAUAGGUUCGCCAUUUGAAAUGAAAUACAUUUUACACAGUAGAUCUUGCGGAGUUGCUCCCAUAGUAAGUAAUCUGUCUGAACAAAAAAUUGUGAUAUUUGUUAAUUUGCUUCCCCUCCCCACCCCACCCCCCGCUGGUAUAGCAAUCAUUGAAGUGAUGGGACACAAUUCAGCAAAAGUUGGUCGCAAUUAACUUGCAUAGAAAACACUGGAAUGAGAUUUAUAACAUUGAUUUCAGUGGGACUUUGUCAUGAUUAAUCUUCACAGAAUUGUGCCCAGAGAAAAAAAAUUAUUCCCUUUUAGAUUAGCAGAGUCUACCCUAGUUUUAACUUGAAUAUAUCUCAGCAGGGAUUACAGCUUCAGGUGAUCUUGUUGAAGACAAAAUUCCUUUUUUUACAUAUAAAUCAAUAAUUUCUUAUUUAAAAAGAAGGAACCAACUUGACCACAUCUCUAUUGUUCAGCUGAUAGAGUAAACCGAUCCAUGUACUGAUCAGCAUGAAUACUACUACCUUAUAUAUAAGAUUUUUAGCAAUUCAUGAGAAAUGGUAAAGCAUUCUAAGCUUUACUUGUCUGUUGCUUAUGGAUAUUGUAUAUUCGUAUUUUAAGGCUAAGUAGACCAAGAAUAAAGAGAUUCUUUUAAGUGUAUCCAUAAAUCUGCGGAGGAAAUGGGGGAGUAGACAUAUGUGAACCACUGAGAGCCCCAGCUGGACUGCACAGGCAAUUCAUGCGCUCCCCUAGAAGCAUGGGCACAAUGUUUUUUGAGGUACCAAUGAAGCAGUGUGCAGUCCAAGAGAUGUGCCCAUCAAGAUCAGUCCCAAAGAGGAUGCCUGGCCACAACACUCAUGGUGCAGCCACCUGGGCAGCAAAAUGCCUGCCCUGUGCAUUGAUGCCACCCCCUCUGUGUUUCGCAUGCACAGAUAUUUAUGGUAUGAAAUAAGAUUGUGUUUUGCAAUGAAGCAAGAGUGGAGGUGGCAUAAAGUAGUUCAGAAGGCCUUACCAAUUAUGAUUGUGAUGGCAGACUGAAAAUUGUUUACAUUGGGGAAUGUAUCUAAAGAUUUUAAACGAGCAGAGUUAUAAUAAGCAGGCUCUGAAAUGCUAAAUAGUAAAGGGUUUUUCUUCUUCUUUAUAAUGGACAGGAAACGUGAAUUAAUUGAGCUCUGACACACAGGUUGUUCAGAGUAUUUCAGUGAAGAUUUAAUAUGUUUUGGAGCUUUUUUAUUACAUCUCCAGCCUGCUACACUGAAAGUGCAGGCUACCAAUAAACAUCAUGUAUCAAG